GACAAGCCGAACUCGAGCUCGCCACGGGGAUUUAUGGCACUGGGCAACUGGAGCAUCCCGCUGCUGUCCUCUGGCACCGAUGCGUUCGGGAAGGGCCGCAAGGGGACGUUCUCAGUGCGCGACUGCAGAAUGCGCGAGCUGUCGGCGGUGAUGGCCGAUGACGAGCCAGCCACGACCGCUACCCAAGCCACUGCAACGGCUGCAAGUGCAUCAUCCAAGCCCACUGAGAAGAGUCAUGGCAAGUCCGGCGCAAACACACCCGCGGAUGUCCUGGCACAGGUCGGGGCUGGGUUUGGCUUUGAGCUCGCGCUGGCAGACGCGUCGCACUACUACCUCGUCGCUCCCGACUUUUUCCAAGCGCGAUCGUGGAUGGGUUGCAUCAUCCGUGCCGGUGGCACGAUUGCCGUCGAUUCGCUCAUCGAACGAGACCUUGCACUCAUCGAGAACUGCGUCACAGAGGUCAUGUAUCAGCGUCAACGGCACAUCCCAAUCGCCGGAUUCACGUCCAGCCUGCUGCCCUACGACCCGUACGGAUUUAGUCACGAUGUGGAUGGGCGCGUCGCAAUGAAUGGCGACGAGGCUGUGCCUUUGGAGAGCGAUUGGCGUUGGGUAGGGUGCUGGCAGGUGGCGCCUCCAGUGUCGCUGCCGUUUGCCGAGCACGGUAAAUUUGAAGCGCAGCUGCGCAAAGAAGUCGAGAACGUCAAACCCUCCCUCAUCAGAGGCUUCGCUGCGCCGUGUCUGGUGCCUGCGAGCGACAUGUUUGGCUGGGAGUUUGCGACUGGCUUUUGGAUUGACUUUGGCUACUCGCCGCAAAUGUCGUGGUCGCAUCAAGUUCGACGGAGAACUUGGAAGCGGACGCGCGUUAUCAACGAGAUCCGGGUUGUCGAGGCGCGGUUUGACAUCAUGGACUUGAUGCUUUUGCGCUUGGAGCGAAAGCUCGAGCUCGCCUUGCAGCCCCCAAAGUCAGCAGCGCAAGAGCAGAGAAGCGAGCACUCGUCCAACAAGUCCGGCAAGGCGGCGGGUGACCGUUCCAAGCCGCGUGGCUUUGACAUGCGGCAUGACUCGCCAAUGAGCCUCAAUGUGGUCAAGCAGGACGCGCGACGGGUGCACCAGUUCAUGGCCAAUCUCACGCGCAUGUUUGGAGUCUCGUCUGGACUGUUGACCGAUGAACAGCACCUUGGCGCCAAGGCGCGACUCCUCGCUAUGCAGAAGCGCGCCGCCGCGGCAGAACUGCAGCUCGAUGGGUUUAUCCAAAAGAAGAACGCGUACACUGCCAACCAACUCAACGCACUCCGCCACAAGCAGCAGCAGGCUCAAGGAGCGUCUAGUAGUAGCACUGUCGUCGCCUCGGCGCAAUCGACAGGCGAGCUGGACUUUGACGCAACCACCGAAGACCCGAGCGAAGACGCAGCAGCAGCAGCAGCAGCAGACCCAGGCAUUCUGCGCGUCUGGGGUCGUCCGACGCCCAUUCGCCCAUACACACCCGACAUGGAGACCGACGAGACCCGCGAGUUGGAUACUCCCGCACUGGUUCAGCUCCAGCGCAAAAUCAUGACGGAGCAGGACAAGGCGCUUGAUGUUCUGCUGGGCACUUUGCAGCGGACUGGCAAGAUUGCCACCGCCAUCGGCAGCGAGCUUGACCGUCAGAAUGUCAUGCUUGCUGACUUGUCCAACGCCAUGGACCGUACAGGUCUGAGUUUGGACGAUGUGAUUGAGCGAGGCAAAAUUAUUGAGCGCAAUGCUUGAACGCGUUGAUUUUUUUUUUUUUUUUUGUUUUGGCUUCCUUGUAGUUUCAGUUUGUUUGCUUGUUGUUUCGGUUUUAUUUGAAUUUCAAUGAUGCCUUUUGUACAAUAGACAUGUAGUCGCAUCCGG